UUGGCAUGCAGGGAUAAACUGGCCCCGCCCGGAUGGGGGAAAAAAAACACAUCCGAAGCUCGCCCAAGGAUCACGUGAUGGGCUGGUUUUAUUUUUGAGGUUCCCGCCUCCUGCUCGCCCGCGUUUUUUCUUUCUUUCUUUUCUCCUUCACCGCGUGGCAGCGGCCGCUGGCUUUCAGAGGAGCCGUUGGAGAGCGCGAGGGCUCUUAUUGGCGGAGCCUUGAAUGCAGGUACAGCUACAUUUCUGCAGCUUCCUUCGGUCUUGCUUCAUAAAUACCACGAAUCUACAGCAGCUAUGUCUGAUGGCAGGAAACACCUUUCUGGUGCAGCAAAAAGGAAAAGGGAAUUAAAGGCAGCUUACUCAUCUAAGUCAAAACGUGCUCUUAUGGAUUUUAUAACAGUAGAUACUACAGGUGAAUCUUCUGUAGACACUGAAAUGUGUGUAGGUGCUGGCUGUGAAGAAGUAACUGUUCUCCUAAAUAGUCAGACUACAGAUGAGCCAACAGUUACUGCAUCCACAUCUCAAACAGAAGUUAAGAUGCACAUAUCUGAAGAUUACAAAUCAGAUGUAACUAUGGUGGACGAGCUGGUCAUGACUGCCACUGAGUAUAGUCCAUCCAUUUUAGACGAUCCAGGUCUGUGGGUGGAUGUUAAUAGUGAUAUGAGAGAUUUUCUUGUACUGAAUGGUCCACAGCAAGUGAAAAUAUUCAGUUUUCCAAAAGAUUCUGUAAAGAGAAGCUUCCAUCGUAUGUAUUACUGGCGUGAACUACCUAAUGGGGACAAGUUGGAACGACCAUGGCUUAUGUAUUCAAAGACUCAGAAUGCUGCAUUCUGUUUUUGCUGCAAACUGUUCCAGCCCAAUACUUUAUUUGCAUUAUGUUCUAAUGGAACAAAGGAUUGGAGAAACUUGGCUAGAAAUUUAUCAAGCCAUGAAAAGACACCUUAUCACCAGAAAGCAUUUUGUAGCUGGAAAGAGCUUGAGGCACGGCUAAAAUUGAAGGUAAACAUAGAUGAUAAAGAUCAAGAAAAGAUGGCAUCUGAGACCCAUCACUGGCAAAAUGUUAUGAAGAGGCUCAUUGGCAUUGUGAAACUGCUUGCUGCUCAAAAUCUGUCAUUAUAUGGAACUUCAGAUCAGCUCUUUGUGCCAGAUAAUGGUAAUUUCCUUAAAAUUGUGGAGUUGAUGGGAGAGUUUGACUCUGUACUUAAAGAGCAUUUAAGAAGAGUAACCACCAAAGAGAUCCACAGCCAUUAUCUGGGGAAAACAACUCAAAAUGAGAUCAUACAGUUACUGGCAACAGAAGUAAAACAAAAGAUUUUGACACUUCUAAAGUCUGCAAAAUAUUACUCUAUCAUUUUGGAUUGCACCGUUGGCAACAGCCAUGUUGAACAAAUGAUUUUAAUGGUGCGUUUUGUAACUGCAAUAGAAGCAACUGCAAAUGUUGCUGCAGUGGUGAACAUCCGGGAACAUUUCUUAGAAUUUAUUGAUGUAGAUGAUACUAAAGGAUGUAGUAUGGCAAAUGUGCUCCUUAAAAGGCUGGAAGAAAUGGGUAUUGCAAUCGUAGAUAUGAGAGGACAGAGUUAUGAUAAUGGAGCCAACAUGAAAGGGAAGAACAGUGGGGUGCAAACAUGGCUGCAGGAGUUAAGCCCCUGUGCCUUCUUUGUCCCAUGCAGUUCCCAUUCAUUGAACAUAGUAGUCACAGAUGCAGCAUCUAAUUUUAGUGAAGCUGUUGAAUUUUUCAAUUCAGUCAAAAGUAUCUAUGGUUUUUUCUCUGUAUCAGCACGUCGAUGGGAAGUUCUUAAGCAGUAUCUGGGAACUUUCAAUCUUACUCCAAAAUCUCUGAGUUCUGCAAGGUGGGAAAGUUCUUUAGAGGCAAUAAAGGUUAUAAGACAUCGGAUUGGAGAAGUAUAUGAUGCUAUAAAUGCAGUUAUGGAGGAUGGUGCUUUGACAAAAGCUGCUCAUAGCAAAACACAGGUAGAGGGUGAGAGAGUAGCAGGUAAUAUAUGCAGCUUCAAGUUUCUGUGUUGUCUAGUUUUGUGGCAUGACAUAUUGUUAGAAAUAAAUGUUGUGAAUGAGAAACUGCAAGAAGUGAACCUAGAUAUUAUUGGAGUAGUAAAACAACUUGACAAAACAAAGUUAUAUCUCCAGUGUUAUUGGUCAGAUGAAGGAUUUGAAAAUAUUCUGAAAAGUGCACAGAAAUUAGCGGAAGAGCUUGAUAUUGAUGUUGAUUUUCCACCUGUACAAGAACUUAGAUCUCGCCAUAUUACAGAUUUUCAUUUUGAAGGAAGAGAUCUAAUCAGAGACCCCAAACAAUACUUCAGAGUUAAAUUUUUUAACCAAGUCCUAGCCUGUGCUAUCCAGUCAGUUGAAGAAUGUUUCUUGCAACUCAAGGAACACAGUAAUAUAUUUGGGAUGCUAUAUGAUAUAAAAUGUCUUAAUGAAAUUACACCUGAGGAUCUUCGACAGCAGUGUGGGGCUCUAGAAAAAGUGCUAACUCAUGGCAAAUUGCGUGACAUUGAUGGAAAUGAUUUACAUGAUGAACUGAAAGCACUCUCCAAAUAUGUUCCUGUAGGCUCAACUCCAAAGGAUGUUUUGGAAUAUAUUUGUGCAAAAAGAAUAGUCACCUUAUUUCCAAAUACUUUUAUUGCUCUACGUAUACUUCUAACACUUCCUAUAACAGUUGCCAGCAGAGGCCAUUGUUUGUCCAAGCUGAAGUUGAUAAAAACACAUUUGUACUCUACAAUGAUGCAGGACAGAAUAGAGGGACUUGCAAUUGUAGCAAUUGAACAUGAACUGGCUGAAAUUAUUGACCUUAAAGAAGCCGUUCAUAUAUUUGCAACUAAGAAGGCACAGAGAUCACCAUUUUGAUUAUUCUGCCUUGAAUCCAAUGCCAGGAGAAAGGGCAUUAAAUAAACAAAUACAUUCUUCAUAUGGGGUGAAGUAAAGAAGAAAUUCAUAUAUUUGCAACAGAAGAUGGCUAUUUGAUAUUUUUAAUGGGAACAAUUUCUUAUCAGUGCUGACUAGAAGGGUUUAUUGUUUGGAAGCUGUCAAGUUAGUUAAUGACUUUGAAGACCCAGGCUGAGUCCCAACACUUUUCUCUUGGUGAGUGCAGAAGCACAUUCAUGAAACAUGUGGACAUUUGAGAAACUUACAACAGCCAUAACACAUCUUUCUUGUACUCUCCUCAUACUCCUAAAGAGUCUCCAGAUCACUGUUCUCUUACCCGGGAUGAGUCUUGUCACAUCAGUCCUCUGAAACCCAGACCGGAACAAUCGUGGUUUCAUCUUGCCUUUACAAUAGAGAUCAGGUGAAUGCUUGGAUCGUGUGUCUUCCUGAAUUUGAGGCCUUACAACAUUUUCUGUUUGCAGCCAUGAAAGUACUGCUUUUGGAGUAUGAGAAUAUGGCAGGAUUAAAGAUAUAUGAGGCAGACGUGGAUCCUUUAAGACUGCUGCCUUCCUUGCAAAAUCCUUGGGCUGAACCAUAUAAAAAUAUUGCUAGUCCCAAGUCAAUUAGAACAACUGAUCUGAUGGAAAUUUGGUAAGGCAGCUCAUAUUCCAUUGAUUCAGUGUGUCUGCUCUAAUUACAACUGAAUUGGAUUUAUGUCUGACUUUAGAUUUAGUAUGCUUGAACUUAAAAGCCACUUUUAUUAGUUUAUAUAUAUAUAUAUAUAUAUAUAUAUCAAGGUAAUUUGCAAUCUUUUGUGCAAAUUGAGAAACAUUUAUGCUAAAUUACACAGUAUGGAUGUAGCAAGAAUCAACUUUGAAUCACAGUCUAUAGGAUAGUCAUGGGCAAACUUCGGCCCUCCAGGUGUUUGGACUCCCACAUUUCCUAACAACUGGUAAGCUGGCUGGGAUUUCUGGGAGUUGAAGUUCAAAACACCUGGAGGGCCGAAGUUUGCCCAUGUCUGAAUAGGAGGUCAUACUUGAACAUUUCUGGGUGAAAGUGACCCUUUAUUAUGCUUUUUACACUUAAUCCAAAUGCUGUCAGAUUUUACCCUGUUUUAAAGUAAGAGAUGAUUCGAAUAAUAGCACAGCAAUCAAAACAUCUUCUUCAAGUACUUUUGUUCUUAAACUCAGUUUAGCAUGUGCUUCUGACAGUGAAAUCCUAAAAUAGAAGCAAGUACAUUUAAUAGUUAAUUUUAAAUCAGAUUGGCAAACUUCAGCUGUCUAGUUUCCUUAGGAACUGAAAGUGCCUGUUGCUAAGGAAUCUUAAGUGAUCUUUACACAACAUCGCCACCAUGUUGACAUGCAUGAGAGAAAUUUAUACUAUAUAGUUAAGAAAAUAUUGUCCAAUUACUUAUGCAAAGGUCAUACAUGCCUUUGCACAUAGUGUAGGGUAGCAGAGGUCAGAACUUCCUGUACUUUAUUUCUAGCACACAAGGAAAAUGUUUAUAGAGAAACAACUGAAAUCUUCUAACUUCUCAAAGAUUAAAAAAGACUAAUACGCUUCAGUUGACUCCAUCUGCGUAAUCAUUAGAUAUAUCUAAUGAAUGAUCAGGAAUCCACAAAAUCAUUGCAAUUAUAUGCCAAACAGAAUAUAUAAGUUACCAUAAUGCUCUUUAUGGUUUUCUAUAAUAAUAAUAAUAAUAAUAAUAAUAAUAAUAAUAAUAAUAAUAAUUAAUAAUAAUAAUAAUAAUAACAACAACAACAACAACAACAACUUAAUUUUUAUACCCCGCCUCCAUCUCCCCCAAAGGGGACUCAGGGCAGCUUACAUAGGGACAAGCCCAGAGAAAACAAUAAUAAUAUAAAAUGCAUCAUUAAACAAAAAACAUACACAAUUAUAAAAUUUAAACAUUAACCUAAAAGAUAAAUAACAAACUUAAUAAAACAUGGAUUAAAAACGACAAGGUUGUAAAAAAUAGACUGGGUAAAGUGUACUGAGUAAAAGUUGUAAAUAUGAAAUAACUGAUAACGUGCUGCAAAUUCGUGGGAGAGCGAUUUGGGAUGGGAGGAACCCUGAGUUUAUGUCAAGUUAAACAGGAAAAAAAGGUACAACCGGUGGAAAAAUGGUCACGGAUCCAUGAUUGUUAUGGGGAUGGGCGAUCUUUAUCCAAAAGCCUGUGUGAAGAGCUCUUUCUGAAAGCUACCAGAGUGGGGGCUUGUCUAAUUUCCCUGGGGAGCGUGUUCCAGAGCCGGGAGGCCACCACGGAGAAGGCCCUCUCUCUCGUCCCCACCAACCGCGCUUGUGACGGAGGCGGGAGAGAGAGGAGGGCCUCCCCUGACGAACGAAGAGAUCGUGUAGGCUCAUAGGGGGAAAUGCGGGGAAUAAACGAAUGUGGGUACCCCCACCAUUUGUCCAUCAAAACCAUGUGAUACUUAACAUGUAAUUGAAAUCUUACAAGAUAUUAAGUGCUGUAGCUGAGAGGUUUGAUCCAAUAAUGGGAAAUGCUCUGACUCUGCGACUUGCUAAAUAGUAGCCAUGAAUCAAACUUUCUGCUUCUGGAGAGAGUUCCACAUGCAAGUUCCUUGAAAAAGCAAGGAACUGAAACAACAGAAUAAAAUUAGAAUAUAGAACAAAUACAUGUAUUUUAAUUGUACAGUAUUCUUGCUUAAUUUUUUAGUAUUGUUUCUUCUCUUUGCUUUAGAUUAGACCUGCAUCAUUCCUUUCCCUUGUACUUUGUCAAACCGCUUUCCCUCUUCUCCACUUGCCUUAUUUUACAUUUAGUUUACUGAAAGGCAAGAAUAGGUUUGUUUUUCACAAACCAAUUAUACAGAAUAGUGACUGCACAUUUUCAUCCAUAUCAGUUACCAGAAAGAAUUUGAAAACUAAAACUUUGAAUACAAGCCAUCCAAUAAUCCAAAUGGACACCAGGUGGCAUGCCUCAAAUCAGCAAAACCCAUCUAACCCAAAAAACUUGGCAAUCCUCCUCCUAAGACCCAAUGAGACUGUGGUGUGGGCCUGUGAAGUUGUCUACACCUGAACUACAUUUAAGAAAACAUUUAUGGAAAGAUGAAUAAUAUGUCCAGUUAUGUCGGAAAUGCUUUUCCCAUUACAGAGUAAUUUUAAAAUCUCAACAAAUAUUACGACAUCUACAUAAUAAUAAUUUCAAAAUGUGGUGUACUGUCUUUCAAUCAAAAGAUCUCCAAGAUAGGCUACAAUUGGUUGUAGUAGUUUGUUAGUAGUGAAGGAAGAUAGACACUUUUGAACUGUGGUGUUGGAGGAAAAUUCUGAGAGUGCCUUGGACCGCAAGAAGAUCCAACCAGUCCACACUCCAGGAAAGAAAGCCUGACUGCUCACUGGAGGGAAGGAUAUUAGAGCCAAAGAUGAAGUACUUUGGCCACAUAAGGAGAAGACAGGAAAGCUUAGAGAAGAGAAUGAUGCAGGGGAAAAUGGAAGGAGCUGGGGAUGGCGAUGGUCGACAGGAAGCUCUGGCGUGGGCUGGUCCAUGAGGUCAUGAAGAGUUGAAAGCGACUGAACGAAUAAACAACAACAAGUUUGUACUUUGGUCUCCUUACUAUGUGGUUCUUCCUGGGAGACAGACAGGAGUGUAGCCUCCCAAUGAUCAUUGAGGCUAUGGCUGAUGUUAUGGGCCACAACAGGUCUCACUUGUAUAAAUGGUUAUGCUUUUAUGUUAAGCCACUUUGAGUCCCCUUUGGGGGAGAUAAAGCAGGGUAUAAAUAUAAUAACAAUAAUACCUCACAACCUCUGAGAACGCCUGCCAUAGAUGUGGGCGAAACAUCAGGAGAGAAUACUUCUGGAACAUGGUCACACAGCCCGAAAGACAUACAACAACCCUGUGAUCCCGGCCAUGAAAGCCUUCGACAACACAAUAAUAUCUUUAUCAUCAUCAUCAAGGUACCUGGUAGUUGGAGGUAGUGUUUUCAAUUGCUUAGAAGGUAGGUGCAAGUUCCUUACAUUUGAAAUUAUAGGCUGCUGGACAUAUGGGGAACAAUAAUGUUAGCUUGGAGAAGAGAAGGUUGGGAGAGGACAUGAUAGCCAUGGUUAAAUAUUUGAAAGGAUGUCACAUCGAGGAGGGGGCAAACUUGUUUUCUAUGUCUCCAAAGUCUAAGACACAGAGCAACAGAUUCAAAAUAUAGGAAAAGCAAUUCCACCUAAAUUGGUUAGAACCUCCUAAUGGUAAAUGCUGUUUGACACUGGAAUAUGCUGUCUCGGAGCGUGGUGAAGUCUCUUGAUGGGGGUUAGACUGGAUGGCCCCUGUAGUCUCUUUCAACUCUAUGAUUCUGUAAGCCAAGAUUGUUGAUUAUGGUAUAUUCACAAUAUACCAUAAUUCACUGUACUUCUUCAGUCCCUGUUUAUGGAUACGUAUUGAGACUUUGAAAAGUUUCCCUUAGCUACUCAGUUUUAUAUGUGUUUUCGAUUAUGCUUUAUUUUUUCCACUCAGAUUGUAAGUAAGAGAUGUAUUCCACAUAAUUUCAAAAGAAACGGAUCUCAUCCUUCUUUGGGACAGCAGAGACCCAAGUCUUCUUAACUGAAUAAAUUAUAAAAGGAAAAAAUGAUACUUUACAUCUUGUUCAGUCAAAAUAAACUAGGUUCCAUCUGAAACAGGAGUGAGAUUAAAAUAAUAAAAUAUUCAGGAACAUCACAUCAUACAACUGCUGGAACCAUUAUCAAACAGUUUUUAUUUUGCUAUAAUUGCUAAUGUUAAUUACCUCCUCAUAAUCUUGUGUUGUAAACUGUUGCAGCAUAUUGUAAUCUGCUUCUGGUUGAAGAGCUUUUUUAAAAAUGAAAUUUGUAAUAGGAAGAACUGGAUUGCAAAAUGGUGCUUCAUUGCAGUGUAUCAAAAGUCCAAAAGCAUCAACAAGGUUAGCUGAAAUAAAGUUCAAGUCCUAAUCAAAACAAAAACAAAAGUAAUAUUUUGGAAUAGAAUGUCGCCAUAUGAUAACAAUGAAAAUGCCAUUUGUUUUAUAGUGAGAGAUGUCUGAAAAAUGUGGUAAAUUUCCAUUUUUUCCUUAGAGAAGCUCAUCUUUUUAAAGUUUCAUUUAGGAUGUUAUCUGAUCAAUUUAAUAGGCACUUCAAGGAAUAGGUUGCUUGUAUUCACUUAGAACUUGGUCUUCCAGGUGAAAAAUAAAUUGCCUCAGAUACGUACCACAAUUGCCCAACCUCUUUCAGAAAAUAUCUACAGAUCAAUAAUUUGCAGAUAUAUGCAGAUAAAUAUCUGCAUCAAAUUGUGCCUUUUUUGUAAGGCCGCUCUGAGUCCCCUACAGGGUGAGAAGGGCAGGAUAUAAAUAUGGUAAAUAAAUAAAUAAAAUAAUUUCAUUUGAAAAGGUAUUAAUAUGGUACAAUAAUACAUCAAAGUAUAGUACUCACCAUCUGACCAAUUAGAAGAGUAUCCCUUUGAAUGUGCUUUUUGGAUGAAGAAAAAUCCACAUCAAUAAAUGACCAAAAACUGGUAUUAAUUGGAAGAGUAACUUGCUGAUCAGUUUCUUCACCAUACUUUUUUCCAGAAAUAUAUAUGGUAGUUGUUCUGUUCUCUAGCACUUGAACCAAUUGAGAACAAACACUUAGAAUAAUGUAAACUAUGUAACGUACUUUUUCUUAGAUAAAGUUCACAUAAUGUAUUUUCAAAUUGCCAUGCUCCUGCAGUUUAAGGUUAUCUGCUAUUGUUUGAUCCAAACAUGACCUAUCUAUUUUUACAAAUAACCUCACUGGCCUGAGGUUAGGGAAACUUUUAAUUAUACCUCUUGUAAGUAUUAAUUGUUUUACAGUAUAUGACAUGUUUAAAUUGGAUUAUUCUUUAAUUAGUACAUGAUGUUUUAGUUGAUUAUGUAUUUGUGUUUCACAUGUAUUGGUAUUUUUAAAUGUUGUAUGCCGCUUUGAAUCCCACCCAUGGGAGAAAUGUGUGAUAGAAAUGAAUAAAUAAUAAUAAUAUCUCCAGAAACCUCAGCUUAGGAAGAUACUAGGUUAAUCAUUUCACUGACUUCCUUGGCAAUCUCUAACCUAUUCAUUUUUUUCUUUUGAAAUCUUAGUUUUAUUAAUACAUAGUAGCACAUGUAAAUUAAGGAGUAACCCAAGAAGCAGACCAAAAAACUGGACAAAUAAUAUCUUACACUGGUGCUCCUUAAGUUAUCUGAUGUUGGGGACUGGAAGAGGUUUCUCCCAAUGUGUCAGAGAUUUUCACGCAUUGGAUCCAGCUGUUUCUUUCCUGGAAACCUGUUGUGGAUUUCCACUGGUCCAGUAAAUCAACACUUUGAGUAGCACACUCUUACCACACUUAUAGUCAAUAUAUUAAAUUUUUAAAGGAAAAAAAAAUAAAAUUUCUAUUUAAUGUUUACUUGUCCAGUCCAACUUACCCUCACUGCACAGAUUGGUCUACAUAAUUAAAUCAGAUAACCUGCAUGUUUUGUAGAAAAUUAUGAUCUAUUGUAAUAACAAAUACAAUAAAUGAAUAAAAGGAAAUGGUAUUUUUUAAAAUAGUAUAAAAUAGAAACCUCUCAAUCCUUCUUUUUUAUUUAUUUGGACACAUGUGCAACCAUCACAGUUUGAUUCCAAUGAAAUAACAAUAAAGUAUGCAUGAAUAUACUUUUGCAGAAUUGUACAAAAUAAACUUUUGAAAAUGUCA